AUGUUGUCUUCACGUUGUAUCUCGAGAAAUGAAACCAUCAUUCCAAGCCUUCUCAAACAGCAUGAUGCAGUUCUUUCAGGCAGUGCUUCAACCAUUGAUCUCAGUACAGCCGACAACUGGCAUGUCAAAGAGAUCGUUUUGGAUUUGCUGCGUGAGAUGCAAGGCGACAACACCGAGAAUCAAAUUUGCGAUCCUGGCGACGGUAUUUUGAUUGCGACGCCCUACUGGGCAGGUCUCGACAUUUCACUCAGCAUUCACGGCCAGACAAAAGUCAUCCCUGUUCAUGUCCCUCUUUCGGAAUUUUUCACCCCGGAAAGCAUUCGAUACUACGAGUCAGCCGCUGAGAGUUCUCCCGUCCCUAUCAAAGCGGUUCUGCGUCUUGAUUUGCACUAUAUCUCCGAUGAGGUGUAUGCACUCUCCGCUCAUAAGCCCGCGCCCGAGGGUUUUGUUCCCUUCGUGUCGAUCCUCGAGAUGUGUGAGGCUAAAAUGAUCAAAAAGACCCAUAUCAUAUACAGCAUCAGCAAGGAUUUUGGUUGCAGUGGGAUCCGAGUGGGCGCAUUGAUCACACAAAAUGAGCCUGUUCGCCUCAGUGCCGCUUUGAGUCUUCACAGUCAGGUAUCUUCUUUGUCCACUUCGUUCGCUUCCAAGGUCCUCGAAGAAGAAAGUAUCACGACGAUAUGCGACCAUGGAGGGAAGCAGUUGAAAGUUGCGUAUGAGGUUAUGACUUCAUUCUUUGAGACGCAUAGGAUAGAAUAUAUAUCCGGAGGGUACGGAAUGUUUGUUUUUGCCAGGUUGUGUCCAGUAAAGACCUUUGAGGAGGAGCAGAGGCUUCUCGGUCAUAUCAGAUCUAAUGGGGUGUCUCUUUCGUCGGGGACAAGCUACCACUUCAAAGAGCUAGGAUGGUUUCGGCUUUGCUAUGGUGUGACCCUUGAUCAGUUGGAUGAGGCCUUGAAGAGAGUUCAUCGUGGAGUGUGUGAUCAUCUCAAUGUUGCAUAG